CAGCGGCCGGGCCCUUCCUGCGGGAAGCCCGAGCCGGCAUGGGCGAGAGCACCAGCCCCAUCAGCGUGAUCCUGGUGAGCUCGGGCAGCCGCGGCAACAAGCUGCUGUUCCGCUUCCCGUUCCAGCGCGGCGCCGAGCACCCCGCCGCGCAGGACAACAAGCCAAGGAGUCGAUAUGCUGUGAAUGGCUCUGGUGACACCACAGAAGAUCAAGAUGGGGACUCCAGAGACCAAUGUCCUCUAACUGAUGAGCAAUUGGUUUCAGGGUUUUCAGAUGUCAUCCUGGCUACAAUUUUGGCUACCAAGUCAGAUAUGUGUGGCAAAAAGUUUGAAUUGAAGAUCGAUAAUGUUCGCUUUGUUGGCCAUCCCACCUUGCUCCAGCAUGCCCUUGGGCAGGUAGGUAUGAGAUCCCCUCUGGGGACCUGCCUUCUUCACAAACUGCCUGGCUUUACUGAGGAAACCUGCAAUUCAGAGUGGGUAUCCAAAACUGACCCCUCACCAAAGAGAGAGAUGCCCACCAUGAUUCUGUUCAACGUGGUGUUUGCACUAAGGGCCAACGCGGACCCGUCGGUGAUCAGCUGCCUGCACAACCUGUCGCGCAGGAUCGCCAUCGUCCUGCAGCACGAGGAGCGCCGCUGCCAGUACCUCACCCGCGAGGCCAAGCUCAUCCUGGCCAUCCAGGACGAGGUGUCUGCCAUGUCAGAGACCACAGAAGGGCCCCAGUCACCUUUUCAUCACAUCCUACCCAAGUGCAAACUGGCCAGAGAUCUCAAAGAGACAUAUGACAGUCUCUGCACGACAGGGGUGGUUCGUUUACACAUCAACAACUGGCUGGAAGUGAGUUUCUGCCUUCCUCACAAAAUCCACUAUGUUGCCACCAACUUCAUACCCCCAGAAGCAAUUGAGAGAAGUCUGAAAUCCAUCAGGCCUUACCAUGCCUUAUUACUUUUAAAUGAUGAGAAGUCAUUGCUUAAUGAGCUCCCGUUGGACUGCUCUCCUGCCCUGGUGAGAGUAAUUAAAACUACCUCUGCUGUGAAGAAUUUGCAGCAACUGGCUCAAGAUGCUGACUUGGCAUUGCUGCAGGUUUUCCAGCUUGCAGCACAUCUUGUUUACUGGGGCAAAGCAAUUAUUAUUUAUCCUCUUUGUGAAAACAAUGUCUACAUGCUUUCUCCAAAUGCCAGUGUCUGCCUGUACUCUCCCCUGGCAGACGCCUUCUCCUGCCAGUUCCGGGGUCACAACCUGCCCUCCAUGCUGGCCAAGUUCUCCCUCCCCGUGUCCCUGUCCGAGUUCAAGAACCCGCUGGCACCGCCCGUGCAGGAGACCCAGCUGAUCCAGAUGGUGAUCUGGAUGCUGCAGCACCGGCUCCUGAUCCAGCUGCACACCUACGUGUGCCUGAUGGUGCCCCCGCACGAGGAGGAGCUCCGGGCCCAGGAUGAGGACCUGCCCUUCACUGCCAGGGUUGGGGGACGGAGUCUGAGCACCCCCAACGCUCUCAGCUUUGGCUCUCCAACCAGUAGUGAUGACAUGACUCUGACAAGCCCUAGCAUGGAUAAUUCCAGUGCUGAGCUGAUACCUGGUGGGGACUCACCCCUAAAUAAGAGGAUGACAGAGAAUCUCCUGGCAAGCCUGUUGGAACACGAGCGGGAAGCCAUCCUGAACGUCCCAGCUGCCCAGAACCCAGAGGAUCUCCGCAUGUUUGCAAGGCUGCUGCACUACUUCCGAGGCCGGCACCACUUGGAGGAGAUCAUGUACAACGAGAACAUGCGGCGCUCGCAGCUGCUGAUGCUGUUCGACAAGUUCCGCAGCGUGCUGGUGGUCACCAGCCACGAGGACCCCGUCAUCUCCGUGUUCCAGUCGCUCCUCAAGUGACUCUGCUGGCACGUGGGGAGGAGCCUGCCAUGCUCUCCAUGCUGAGAGUCUGAAGGAUGCCUAGGACUCAGGAGGUGGUUUCAGUUCCUUCUCGCCGUGUGACACACAGCACGCUGUCCCCAUCCUGCCUCGAUGUCCCAGCGCAUCCCCGAGGCUCCAGGGGCUGCUGCAGGACAGCACGUGCUUGCUCAGCUUGGAUUCCUGUCCUGCCAUACUCACAGCCCUUCCCUGGCCCUGCUGCUCCCCAGGGAUCCUCAGAGUGGGACAAGAGGGUUCUGCUGUGGCGCUGCUGGCAGAACUUUGGGGGGACACUGGGAGUGCUUCCUGUGCUCUCCAGCAUGGCUGUGGGACACUCAGCCAUGAGAGCCUGUCCCCACAGCACAGCAUGCAUGGCCUUGCUCCAGGUCACAGGGGAGCUGGCCUGGCUCCCCUGGGCACCCAGGAAUUCUGUUUGAUCUCACAGUGGUGAGGACAGGUGGGAAGGCAAAGUAUCACAAGUAAACAUGAAAUCAUGAAUGAAUGACUCA